GGAAGUGUUCCUGCGUUAUUUCCGCUAGCAUUAGCUGUGCUGGGGCUACAGGAUGAGAACUGCUAGCAUCCUAAGCUUGUACCCGCUGUGUUAUAUGUGUUGACAAACCUACCAGCAUAUUGCGUUAUAGAGCGUGAUUUUGCAAACAGCUUACUCACUGUAUGACCAAAGUGCUGCCGUGAACGGUAUGACUAAUCUAUAUAUAGCGGUACGGUUGUAUGCUUAGCAUUAGCCUCUGCCAAAGCCAAAGUCCGACUGGCAGAUAUGGAGACUCGGGGGAUUGAGGACAUGUUUGACUUUCGUCGGUUUCCCAAAGAUGCCGUAGUUCUCCUGAUGUUGCUCAUCUAUUUUCCCGUUGGUGUCUGUUUGACGCUAAUACGGAUUUUUAUCGGUGUUCACGUUUUCCUGGUCAGCUGUGCACUUCCAGAAAGCUUUCUACGAAGGUUUAUUGUGAGGAUUAUGUGUUCUGUGCUGGGGAUGCAUGUAAGACAGAAAAACCCUCGCUCCAGGGACAAAAACACUAAGCUGUAUAUAUGCAAUCAUGUGACAGAGUUUGACCACAACAUAAUGAACCUCCUGACCGCCUGCAACACUCCCCAGUUAGAGGGCUCCACAGGGUUUGUGUGUUGGGCAAGAGGCUUCAUGGAAAUCCACUCAGCAUCAGCUCAGGGUGCGAUAGGCGAGACUCUUCAGAGGUACUGCUCCUCUGAAGGCACCACUCCCCUGCUCCUGUUUCCUGAAGAAGACACCACAAAUGGCCGUGCGGGUCUGCUCAAGUUUAGUUCCUGGCCUUUCUCCCUGACUGAAUCUAUCCAACCUGUGGCCUUGAGGGUGACCAGACCACUGGUUUCUUUGAGCACGCCGGAGUCCAGCUGGCUUAUGGAGCUUUUAUGGACAUUUUUUGUCCCAUGUACAGUGUAUCAUGUAAGCUGGCUCCCACCAGUGUCCAGGCAAGAUGGCGAGUCCACACAGGAAUUUGCCAACAAAGUCCAGGAGCUACUAGCUAUUGAACUUGGCCUAGUCUCCACCAAGGUCACUAAAGCUGAUAAAGCAGAGCACAUUAAAAGGAAAAGACAUUCUGUCCCACAGACGUCUACGGUUCUUUUUGUGAAAAAAGUAGUCACACCUGGAUCCAUUGGGCUUGGAUUCAUGGUUCCAAGUCUGGGCACAGAUGAUCACCGGCUUGCUAAGAUGGCCCAACAGGUGAAGGACGUACUGCCUCAUGUCCCGCUGAAUGUCAUCACGAAGGACUUAGCUAAAACCAACUGUGUUGACACCACCAUAACAAAUCUGCUGGAGAACAGAGAGGAACCCACGAUGGAAGCAACUGGAAUCUCGCCAUUUGGUGCUUCUAAGAUAUGCUCCUUUUCUUCCUCUUCUGCUCCAACCAUAAAGCCUGCUGCCAAAUCCUUUGGGAAGUCUCCAGCUGACAGACACAUGUCCCUCCAGGAAAGAAAGGAAGCGCUAUAUAAUUUUGCACGAAGGCGUUACAUUGAAAAGCAUGGACUGGAUCAUGAAGACAGCCACUAAACACAAUUCGAUUCAAGCCAUUGUUGAGAUGGUCAGAAAGGAAGCAUAUUCAACCCGCAUCGCUGUCUAAUUUGAAUGGUGAUUUUUUUUAUAUUCUAUCAACUGGUUCCGUUGGGUGGGGGGAAAAAAACAGAUUUUGUUGUUUUCAAAUAGCAACAAGUAUUCAGAACAUGUAUACAUUCAUGGAAUGGUGAUUUUUGCAUGUGUGUUUAAUUCUUCGUUCUGGCCGAUACAUAAUUUUGAUAACAGUUUGUAUAACAAUCCACUGACUGUGAAUCAUCUAUUUAUUUUUAUAAUGUCCAGAGUUGUUGAUGAAAAAUAAAGUUCAGCUUGACCUUGCUUUCAAGUAAAAAAUAAAAAAGAUGGGAAUUUGUUUCAUUCACAGUUUCAGUGACUAUAACCUGAUUCUGAUGUUCCAAAUACUCCAAUAUGGUAACUGUUUUUUAAGCAGGGAUGGGUGAGACAACUUAAUUGUCUUUGACUUCUAUUUGUAGUCACAGAAUGGUGCUAUUCAAGUGUUUUCAGUAUGGCAACCUUUCUCUAAAUUCAUGCAUAAGUGAGGGACUAUUAAAUCUUAACACGAG